AUUUUAUUCUGGGGAGACACUUUUGGUUGUUGGUAUUUGUGAAGAUUUUGAUUUUUGAAGAUGGGUGAAGAAGGACAAGUGAUUAGUUGUCACACUGUUGAUGCAUGGAAUCAACAUCUUCAAAAAGACAAGAACAAAUUGAUAGUUGUGGACUUUGCUGCUUCUUGGUGUGGACCUUGUCGGGUUAUUGCUCCAUUUGUAGCAGAAUUGGCUAAGAAAAUGCCACAUGUUACCUUUCUCAAAGUUGAUGUGGAUGAGUUGAAGGUAAUUGCAUCAGACUGGGGUGUUGAAGCAAUGCCAACCUUCUUGUUCAUAAAAGAUGGGAAAAGUAUGGGCAAAGUUGUUGGAGCAAAGAAAGAAGAACUUCAACAAACAAUCAUCAAACACUCUGGUAAUUCAAGUACUAGUGCAUGA